UCUGGAAGCCUCGUGACGUAACGACGUCAUGCGCUACGUUCGCAAGUCAAGAUGGCGCUGUCCUGAGCAGUCAACUCCUCUGCUUGAAUUUAAUUAUUAUUUUGUAGAGCUUUCAGAAAGUACAUAAAGAUGCCAGCGGUACUGAACCUCAGUAAUGAGGUGGUCAAGAUGAGGCCGGAAGUUAAAAGGGUGAAGGUGCUCCUCAUUCGGAAACUCGCCCGUCAGAUCUCAGCCCUGGAGAAGAAGAAAGGAAAUGAGGCAGACGUGGAGAAGUUCCGCAGGCGAGCGGCGAGGCUUCGGGAGGAGAUCCAUGAGCUGAAAGUUGUUGUGCCUGACAGCGUCACCAAGGCCGCCUUACAAAAGGACAUCAGCUUUGAAAAAGUGUGCCGAAACAAAGAGGCCAGCCUAUCUGAGCGGGCCACGGCCCGCAUCGCCACACAUCCACAGUUCAGCAAGAGAAUUCAGAGCAUAAAAGCAGCCAUCAAAGCUUUCAAAGAUGAGAGAAUUAAUGCAAGAAAAGCAGUAAAACAUGGAAAAGACAAUGCAGAAAGUGUCACGUCACAAGAUCAGCCACAAGCAGAGGAUGUUGAUUUAGAGAAAUCAAACGAAGAUAAUGAGAAACUGACAGAGGAGAAGGGGGACAAAAACACUGAUGAGCCACAAGAGAGCCAGAAGACGAGUCUGGAGACAUUAAAAGAACAGGCCAAUCCAUGCCAGAAGGAAGAAACAUUAACAGUUGAGGACUCAUCUGAAACAGUGGCCGUCCCAAUAGAGGUGAUCAGGAUGAGGAAGGAAGUGAAGAGGACGAGGGUGCUGAUCAUCAGUAAAAUGGCUGAGCAAGUGGCUGCUCUGAAGAAGAAGAAGGAUCAGGAAACCGAGGAGAAGGAAAGCCAAGAGAAAGCGGCUGGAAUCCUGAAAGAAAUCCAGGCUUUAAGGAGUCUUAAACCAGAUCAGGUGACCAUAACGGCACUUCAGGAGAACGCUGAGCUUGAGAAGAUUUUACAGGACCCUCAGGCAAACCCACUGGACAGAGCCAUCGCACGCAUCAUCACACAUUCCCGCUUCAUCAACAAGCUCCAGAAGGUCAAAGAUGCCAUUGAAGAAGAAAGAGCUAAAGCUGCGAAAGCUGAGCAGAGAAACGCUGACAGACGGGACAUGCUGCAGUCCAAAAAUGAAGAUAAGGAACAAGAGGAUGACGACAAAGGUGACGUAGUAGAGGAAAAAUCUAAGAGUUUUUCCACUGAGAUCAAUAAGUCUGGUUUUAUAGAGCCAACCGAGAGUAAAGACCCUGAUGCUUUUGAAUUACCACCAUCCAAGAUCAUCACAACACCUUCAGAAAACUCCAAAGGGGUCCAAGUUGACUCUCAGAAUAUAGAAGUCAUGGCUCCAAAUGUCCAAAUUUCUCCUGAAAAGUCUUCAACUGUAAGCAGUACAAAGUCUACUCCGCCGAAGAACGUUAGUAAAGUAGUAGAGGAAACAUUGAAGAGUUUUUCCACUGAGAUCCAUAAGUCUGGUGUUGUAGAGCCAACUGAGAGUAAAGAAUUACCACCAUCCAAGAUCAUCACAACACCUUCAGAAAACUCCAGAGGGGUCGAAGUUAAAUCACAGAAUGCAGAGGCCACCACGGCUCCAAAUGUCCAAAGUUCUCCUAAAAAGUCUUCAACUGUGAGCAGUACAAAGUCUACUCCACCGAAGAACGUUGAUAAAGCAGACAAAGCAAUGGAGAUCACCUUAAUGUCACAAAAGAAACAAGACCUACCUGAGACUGAUGAAGAGAGCGAUUUAUCAGAUGAUGAGUCGGAGGAAGAGAAGGAAUAUUUUGAUGACAGCACAGAAGAACGUUUCCGUAAGCAAUCGUCUCAGUCUGAAGACAGUGAAGAUGACGACUUUUUCCUGGGCAAAGUGAGCAAAUUCAAGAAACGGAAAAGUAACCAAAGUAAAGUCGAGGAGAAAAAGAGUGAGCUUCAAAUACCAGACAAGGAGGCCACCAGCAAACCUCACGAGACAAAACUUGAAAAAUUUGAGUCUGUGUUUUGCUCAACUUUGUCCAAAUCCACCGUCUCCUCUCAGAAAGCAAAGUAUGGGUCUCCGUCUCACAAUGACGGGUCAAUACCUCCUCGAUUCCAGAAGCAGGGGAAAGGUCUUGAGAGUAGGAUGAAAACACCUCAAUAUAAAGGCCAAGACCAUGGCGCUUUCAAACCUAACAGACAGACUUUUAAGGUUGCUGGACAAAGACAAGCGGGACCGUCAGGGGCAGGGAGGGGAAGGUCACAGUUCGAGCAGUAUCAGAACCAGAAUCAACCUGGAAACAUGUCAAAUCAACCCCAGCAGUCCCUUCAUCCCUCAUGGGAGGCUAGCAGGAAAAGAAAAGAACAGCAGGCACAAAUCACAGCAUUCCAAGGGAAAAAGAUCCGAUUUGAUGAUGAUGAUUAAGAAAUGUCAGUGCUUUCGUGUUUUGAUUAUAAUUCUUCCUGUUAAUUAAUAUAUUUAGUGAGAAUUUGUAUUAAAACACAGACAUAAAACACAAUUGUUAUUUGUUUCUUUACAAUGAAGCGCUAUUUU